AUGGGGCAUAUGAAUCGAAGUAAACAAAUUUCCUAUCACCACGAUGUGGUAAAAACAAAUAACAAACAUGAAGAAUGCAAUUUUGAAAUUUUCAAAUAUUCAAUUGAACAUGGAGCAAAUAUAAAUGCUACAACUGACGAAAACUAUACAACUUUAUCUUUGGCUGCUUCUAGUGGUAGCACGGAGAUUGUGAAAUAUCUUGUCGAACAUGGAGCCGAUGUGAAUUCUAGAGAUAACAAUCAUUCUACACCACUCCAUGAGGCUGCUCAAUAUGGUACACUCGAAAUGAUUGAGUUUUUAAUCACUCAUGGUGCAAAGGUAAAUGCCGAAGAUAACGAUAAAUGUACGCCACUCCAUAAGGCUGCUCGAAAUGGCAGAUUUGAAAUUUUCAAAUAUUUAAUUGAACAUGGAGCAAAUAUAAAUGCUACAACUUACGAAAAUGAUACAACUUUAUCUUUCGCUGAUUCUAGUGGUAACAUGGGGAUUGCCAAAUAUCUUGUCGAACAUGGAGCUGAUGUGAAUUCUAGAGAUUACAGACAUUCUACACCACUCCAUGAGGCUGCUCAAUAUGACACACUCGAAAUAAUUGAGUUUUUAAUCACUCAUGGUGCAAAGGUAAAUGCCGAAGAUAAUCGUAAAUGGACGCCACUUCAUAACGCCGCUCGAUAUGGCAAAUUUGAAAAUUUCAAAUAUUUAGUUGAACAUGGAGCAAAUAUAAAUGCUACAACUGACGAAAACCAUACAACUCUGUUUAUGGCUGUUGCAAGUGGUAACAUGCAGAUUGUCAGAUAUCUUGUCGAACACGGAGCUGAUGUGAAUUCUAGAGACAAAGAUAAUCACACACCACUUUACUGGGCAUCUCGAUUUCACCUACCAUAUGGCAGCAAGGAAGAAAUAAAACAGUUCUUGAUUGAUCAUGGAGCAGAUGCGAAAGACAUAUAAAAUGAAACACCACUUGAAAUCGAUGCCGGGAAAUUAAAACCGGAGUUGAUGUCGCCUUAAGUCAAAUGUUGUAAACUUGUUAAAAGAAUCAUAGAGUCAACAGAAACUUUCAUCUUAAAAAUCGAAACAAAAUCAAACGCAAACUUAAUAACUUAUAAAUCGAAAGUAAAAUAAAUCAUCAAACUUCAAUAUACCUUCGAAUACCGUAUUCGGAAAACGAUAGAUCGCAUAACACUAAAGACAAUAUUUGAGCGAUAGCUUCGAAUGAGUUUUUUCAUAUUUUCAUGGACGUAUAUACAAUUCUGGAAACGAUUUAUGGAUUUGAAUGUUGAAACUCACAUGAAUAUUCUUAGCACUGCAUG